AUGAAGAAAAAGAUUAUGAUGAUGAUGAUUGUUAGAGUUAGAUUAGUUGCUGGAGCAGAUGGUUCGGCGUCAAAGGACUUAUUGGUUAAUGCUAGAUUUAUCAAAACGUUGAAACCAUUAUUGGCUACAAGCAAUCCCGUUCAUACGGAAGGUGCUGAGAAGGCACAAGGUUAUCCCGUUCAAACGGAAGGAGCUCAAGGUGCACGUGACAAUUUGGAUGGACGAGUCGGUGACGAUCGAACUCUGUAUCAAGAUUUAAACAAGAUUCAAUCGACAUUGCAAGGACAAGGAGAAGAGAGUAUAGGUAAAGGUAAGAGUAAAUUACAAGAUAAAGAUAAUAAUGGAAUUAUAGAAAAAAUAAAUUAUGACGAUACCAAAAUCAACUUUAAAGAAUUGCUACAUCAAUACAGACAACAACUAUCUUCUCCAACUACAACUAAAUAUUUCAAUAUGAAAGAAAUGAACUCAAUUAGAAUCAUACAAUCAUUACAACAAAACAACAAUGAUUCCCCAACAAAAGAUAUAAUCAAUAGUAUUGGAGUAAUCACAAGCAGAGCAUGGUUGAAACCUCUGUUUAUCGUCAAGUCAAAGAGAACAUUCAAGUAUCAAGGUAAUGGACGUAGUAGAACGGAAUAUCCCAUUAAUAUCAACGAUUGUGAAGUAUGGAUUCCAAACGAUCUAGUUAAUCAACACGUCCGGGCCGUAUCAAAGACUCAACAAGUAUCCCUAGCCAUUGUAUCCACCGAGAAAAAAGAGGGGAGAUGGAAAGUCUCUAGUGAGACGAGACAGUUGAGAUGUAGAGAAGAAACUUGUGUUACAGGCUAUCAGGAUGAACAAAAUGUACAACCAUAUAUAUUUGCUCUUCAUCCAUAUCGAUCAAUUUAUCUUUAUUUUAAACCUGGUAAUUCACCUCCAAAAUUAAAAUUCAUUCUUCCUCCUCAAAUAAAAUAA